AAAUAAAAUAAAAAAAAGCCGGUCAAGGGCUGCCAGCGCAUACCACAUAAUAACCCUAUCCCCUUUCGCGACACCUCCUAGAGACUGUCACUAUGGAACAAUCGCAAACCGACCGUGUGCAUUUCGGAUCCAUAGAGGCGGAGGAACGACGUCGUAAUCAAACCCGAAUGGCUGUUGAUCAAGACGAUUCCACCGGAAUCAAUCUGGAAGAUCUAUCCGACGAAACACACUAUGAACUAUCAGGAUCAUCCCAGGUUGUUCGAGAAGAACAAGACGCCGUUGUUGAGGAAUUUGAGCGUCGUGCUCGCGCUCGUCAGCUCGCAGUCCCAACUGACGAUGGACGUGUUCGCGCACGGCUGCGCGAACUAGGCGAACCCCAGUGCCUCUUCGCUGAAGGCCCUGGCGACAGACGUGAUCGUCUUCGCUAUUUACUCUCGCAACGGGAAGGUGCAGGAGAAGCCGAAGAUGAGGAAAUGGAGAGCGUCAAAUCUAAUGAAGAGGAAGCUGAAGAAGAGUUUUUCACUCCCGGAUCACAAGAAUUAUUGGAGGCUAGGCAAUGGAUAGCAAAGUAUUCCAUUCCAAGAGCGAAAACCAGGAUUAUACAGCAUAAGGCAGAACAAGACACCCCUAUACCUUCACUCAGAAAAUCUAGGAAGGAACUACAUGAUCGUUUAAAGAACUACACAAAUUGGUCAUCCCAACUUGCAGACGACCGACCACUUGCUCAAUGUGCAUUCAGUCCCGACUCAUCCAUGGUCAUCACUGGAGCUUGGUCAGGCUUGUGUAAACUAUGGUCUGUAUCUAACAGCGAAUGUAUAAAAACGUUGAGGGGACAUACAGAUCGUAUUGGUGGAGUUGUAUUCCAUCCGCAAUCAACGAUAUCGCAAGACAAAGCCAGCUUGAACAUUGCUACUGGUGGUGCUGACUCGAAUAUUCACUUAUGGAACUUGGAAAGUGAAACGCCAAUGGCAACUAUGAGUGGACAUGCCGGUCGAAUUGCUAGGAUAGAUUUCCAUCCUUCUGGACGGUUUGUUGGUAGUGCUAGCUUUGAUGGGACCUGGCGUCUGUGGGAUGUCGACACCACUCAAGAAUUGUUAAUGCAAGAGGGUCAUUCUCGUGAAGUUUAUGCUCUAUCUUUCCAAGGAGAUGGAUCACUGGUUGCCAGCGGCGGCUUGGAUGCUAUUGGAAGAGUAUGGGAUAUGCGAACAGGAAGAUCGUCCAUGACUUUACAAGGCCAUGUGAAAGAUAUUCUGGCUCUAAGCUGGUCUCCAAACGGUUACCAACUUGCGUCCGGAAGUGCUGACAAUACAGUUCGGAUAUGGGAUAUGCGAAAUUUGCGCAGUAUCUACACCAUUGCAGCUCAUCGCUCUCUUGUCUCCGAUGUCAAAUUCUAUCGUGGUCAGCCUCCAGUCUCAGGAGCUAUGGAUACAGACCUCGCCAAUCAUGCAGGACAAUACCUUGUUACAGGCGGCUAUGACGGAAGCGUCAAGAUAUGGAGCGCCGAUGAUUAUAAGUUAAUCAAAAGCUUGGAAGGACAUGAAGGCAAAGUUAUGGGCGUUGAUGUCUCAAACGAUGGAAAAUACGUUGUCUCUUCUGGUUACGAUCGGACGUUCAAAUUCUGGGCCGACGAGAAUAUGGCCGUAUAGACUGACUGUAGAUACUUAAACACUAAAGCAAAUGAUUUAUUAAAUGGAAAUGUAGCAUUCAUAUAAUUCUUGACACA